CCUGCCAGCCUACCAGAAACUCACUUCUGGCAUCCAGCUCAGGAUGCCACAGAAAGUCAGGUGUAUCCACGGGGCCAACCCUGCUGCCCGAGGGCAGCCCCUCGCCUUGCUGGCCAGCUCCCCAAACCUGCCAACACUUGUUGAACCAAACCCAGCCCGGGCGGGGGUCCACGGGCCGCGGCGAGCGUGGGCGCGGCCGCGGAAGGCCAGGCCAGAGCGCCGCUCGGGCCCCCCCCAGACCCAGGCCCGACCCGGACCGGCCCGCCCCGCUGCGCGCCGCUGCCUCCCCGCGGCCUCCCGCGCCGGCGUCAAGGGGCGGCGCGACCCCGACCCCACGCCCGCGCCUGGCCCGCCGGCACCUGCCGCCAGCGCCCGCCUCCCGCCGGCCUCGCCACCCACUCGCCGCGCCGCCCACUCACCGCGCGCGCCGGCCGCCGAGCCGCCGCCGGACACCGGGGCCGGGCCGGGGCCUGCGCGCCCCGCGCUACACAAAGUGACGGCCCCGGAGCUGCGCGGCGGCGGCGCGUGGGCACCGGAAGUGCCGCCACCGGGCUCCGCCCCGCCGGUGCCCACGGGGGGGCACUUCCGGUCACGCGGGGUCCAGCUCGGCCUCUGA